AUGGCCGCUGCGCUCUCCGGCGAUCUCGUUCUCCUGUCUCGUCUGGUUGCCUACAUUCCGCGCGUCCUCCGACCUCUUGACACCGCGCCAGUCUUGUCCGCUGCAUUCUACGUCCCCUGGCGGUGCCCGACCAAACGCCACAUGGACCCUGAAGAUGGCCAGCCAUAUGCCACUCUCCUCCAUGCAGCUGCAAUGCGAGGCGACAAGGACAUGGCCCGCUGGCUUCUCAGACGUGGAGUCUCGAUUGACCCCAGCGCGUUGCUGGAUUGUCUCUGCCCGUCGCCCUACAUGAAUGCUAUUUGCACGACAGGCAUGUGGUCUGCCGGAGGUGGCGUCGAGCCAACAUCCCUACACUUGGCGCUCGCACACGGGAACGAGGCCAUAGCCAAACUUCUGAUCAGCAAGGGAGCUGUAUGGGACCGGCCGCAUAGCAGCUGUGGAGGUCUCACGGGGCUGCAUGUUAUGGCUGCGGGCCGUAUGGUGGAUAUGAUGGAGUGGACCAUCGACCAGUGCCACGGCCCACUCCGAGAUACGAUUCUACGCAAUGGACCAGUUCACGACUGGCCAGACGAGGCUGGGUGUUGGAGCCUUCACUACGCUUGUUUCUCCGAGGAUCUCAAGGGGAAAAGUCAGGACGGAGAGGAAGGCGAACUUUCAGCUGUGCACAUGGUGUCCAGACUCGUGAGGCUGGGCGCGUUGGUCGAUACGACGGACCGCGCUCAAAUAGCACAGCGCGUGUCGGACGAGAGAAAACGGAUCGAGAAAGGCCCCAAGCCGCACUGGAAGUUUGACAACAGCGCUGACAUUGAGUGGGCGCAGCGCAUUGAAGAUUGGAAGCAUCACGAGAUUCCGAUGCCCAAGCCGGCAGUGUUUGCAGCACAGCGCAAUCAAUGGCGACUUGCAUGGAUAAUCUGUAGGGCGGGGUCCGUCUGA